AUGUUCUCGUGCUCAACAGAAUGUUUAUAUAACAUUAACUCGAUACAAGUGGUCAAUCAUUACAGUCACUUCUACUUGCUCAACGAGCUGUUGGAGAAUUUGAAGGGAACCGAAAAUGAUCCAGCCAGAGUCGUUGCACUUUCAAGCAAAGCUCAUGAAACAGCUCUUGGCGACGGCAAAUUCUGGAAGAUAUAUUCGUCCCCUGACGAAAUGGUGUCCUCCCUCGGAACUGGAAUCAAAAACAUCGGAGUGCAAUCAUACUGCGAGUCGAAACUGGCAAAUAUUCUUCAUAUGCGAGAAAUGGCCAAACGCUAUCCAGCGAUCAAGUUCAUGUCUGUUCAUCCUGGAAUCGUUAAAACGAGCUUUUUUCGAUUUUCGACCGAAAGUGAGUUCAAAGGAACUUUUGUCGGAUGGUGGCUGAAUACUUCCUUUGUCCAGUGGCUGCAAAAAUCACCAGAACAAGGAGCUCAGACUUCAAUGUACUGCAUCUGCUCUCCUGAAGCCGAAACCGGACAUUACUACGCCGAGUGCGCUCAAUCGAAAGUCGCGAUCAAAGGAAAAAGAAAUCUUGACGAAGCUCAGGAAGAACUCUGGAACCUAUCCAUGAAAUUCGUCGAAGAAAACUGUCAAUUUCACUGA